AUGGAUUCUUUUACUUUGUCAACUAAAUUGAUUAUUCAGAAUCGAUUUAGUGAAUUUCCUGAUGAACUUCUUGAUCAAAUUUUUUCUUAUCUUCCAGCAAAGGAUAUUGUAAGAACUUCUGCAUUAUCGAAAAGAUGGCGAUGCUUGUGGACUUCCUUCAACUUCAUUAGUUUUGAUUUCGAUCCAUGGAAUGAGGAGGAGGAGGAGGCAACUAGUUUCCUGGAUUUGAUUCAAAGAGAGCUCCUCAUUCCUGACAAUGAAUGCAUAAGAAAACUUCGUCUUCACUUGGAUAUGCAUGGCCCCUUCUAUACUUAUUCCAACGUCAUGAUGCCAAUGUCAUUGGUAUCCAAAGCAGCGAAGCAUCAACUUGCAGAGCUCGACCUUUCUUUUCGACAUAUUUGGGAAUCCAGUGCAUUGUCCUUGAUCACUUCUUUGAAGUUAUAUAUGACUCCUGCUGCUCCCCCUGUAUAUAACAUUCCUACUUCCAUACGCUUUCCCAGGCUUAAAGCUUUAUAUCUUAUAUGUGCUAAAUUUCAAAACGAGCACUCCGCUCAGCUACUUUUUUCUGCUUGUCCGGUCCUUAAAGAGUUGCUUGUAGACAAAUGCUCCUGGAAUAAAAUCAAUGGCGUCACUAUCUCUAUUUUCACUCUGCAUACACUAACUAUUUACCAUCAUGUAGCUUCAAAUUAUUGUCUAAAGAUUCGUUAUUGUUCAAAUCUUCGAUUUUUUAAGUUGUGGAGUGAUUCGUUAUUCGAAAUUGAAAUCUGUAGCCUACCUUUUCCGUGUUACGCUCGGGUUGAGAUUAUGCCCUAGGGACCUUUGCACAGACAGGUUCAGCUUGCUCACUGCACACUUAAGUUAUUGGAAAGUCUUUGUCCUUCCGCCAAAUUUCUUACACUAUCACAUGGCACUCUUCAGGUACUACCAAGUUUUGAAUUUCCAUCGUUUACAUGAUUGCUCUUAGAAGAUUUUAUAUUUAAAUUCUUUCAUUCCUUGUGUUCCAAGAGCAUCUCUUGUGCAGAAAAUUUUGAUGCUGAUCAUGUUCCUAAUUUUUUCAAUUUAGCCCAUUUGAAAGUGAGUGAAGGAGAUUGUGAUUUUAGUGCAGCUGCAUUGCUGCACAUUUCUUAGAAUAUGUACUCAAGAAUGCUAAUGUUUUGGAGCGGUUUUCAGUCUUGAAGGGGAAGAGGGGAUAAGAUGUGAGUUGAGGCAGCUAGCUCAAGGGGGUUCCCCAAUUUAAGAAAUAUUCAAAGUUUCAUUUGAACAUGUAAUUUUGACUUGAAAUUAAGGUAAGAUUAA